GCCUUCUGAGAAAGGAAGUACUCCAUUUUUGUCUGUGUUUGCAACAUUAAUAGCAGGGUUCUCUAAUAGUGCUGUAGCUUUCUGGCAUAUCCAUUUUUUCCUAUUCAGAGAGAAUGCUUUAUGUAUUUCCUUACAGGGCUCUUUCACAAGAUGAUCAAGAUGACAUCCACCUAAAAUUAGAGGAUAUAAUUCAAAUGACAGACUGUCCAAAGGCCGAGUGCUUUGAGACAUUGUCAGCCAUGGAGUUGGCUGAGCAGAUCACUCUCCUGGACCACAUUGUUUUCAGAAGCAUCCCCUAUGAAGAGUUUCUUGGGCAGGGCUGGAUGAAGCUGGAUAAGAAUGAAAGGACUCCUUACAUCAUGAAAACCAGCCAGCACUUCAAUGAGGUGAGUAAUGCCUGCGGCUGUGUUUCAGGAGGGUGGGUGCUGCAGGUUUUAGGCAACUCUAGGAGCAUGAGCGUAGCUCAGUGGAGGAGCACUGUCUAGGCAUAUGCAAAACCCUGGAUUUGAUCCCCAGAAACAGAAAUAAAUCAACUCUGUCAUAGUUUAAACAGAAAUGAUUGAAUACUAAGGACAAGCUUAACUCUCCUCACAUUCUCAAGGGGACGGGAUGGUUUCCAAUUAUGAGAGGGCAGGUUUUGAUGGUUCCCAGGUCUGGUGAGUACUCAUUUGUGUGUACGAUGUUGUUAUUAUGUUUUAGCAUAAUCACUGCAAACUGGUACACUGACUAACCGAAUGAGUAGUGGUGCUGCCCCCUGGUGGUGGCAAUGAGAUUGCAUCAGUGUAACUUGGAAGUUAUAGGCUGACCUUGGAACGGAUGCCUGCAGCAUAAACUCACUAAUUCAGUGGUUCCCGCACCCAUCUCCAGCCAUAAGAUGAGGAGUUGAUUUCAUACCCAGUUCAUCGGUUCUGUUGAAGCAGACCUCGUCUUGUGAGAGAAUAAGUAACAGCCGAGGAGGUGGCGUCAGGCUAUCCAGGCAAAGGAAGCUUCCUGUCUAGUUUCAGGGCAGUAUAGUAUGCACAAAGAACAGCAGUGGUGUGUAUACAAACAAAGGAACUGCAUUGGUAAGUUAGCAGGUCACCUAAAACCAAGGUACCCAACACAGUAGUAUAGAGUCCCAAGAUAGAGCCAGGCACAGAGUCCACUCAGAAUACGCAGGUGCUAAGUGAAGCUAUGAUGUGAGGAACGUGGUCCAUUACUGGCGCAGCUCUCAGACUUGUUACACAUAGGGUACUCCAAUCGAAGAUUCAUCCCCAGGCUCCAGAUCCAGACAUCUCCCAUACUAGGACAGCCACAGCCUUGUCCUCUAGACCCAGUACUCCUGUUGAGCCUGGUUCUGAGGCUUCAUAUGUGAGUGGUGGCAUCGCCAUGCCUUCGUCCAGACAUAGAAUCUAGAAGUUGCUUGUGUUUCCUUCCUGUCCCCUGCUCACCACUGUCUCAGCAGAAGAACAAAGGUUCAAAGGAAGAAGCAACAGAACAGAGGACCUGAUCGUAAAUGAGGAAAAAGGGACCUCUGGAGACAAGAAUGACAGUUCAGCAGGGUCCUUAGAUGCUAGGUUGAACAGCUAAACAGCUCAACAGGCUGUAUCCUAAAGGCGAGAAGAAACCACAGAGAGAUUCUUGUCAGGGAGUGCCAUAGUUAUAUAGACACUCCAGAGCAGUCACCCCUGUGACACUUCAUGCAAGGUGGUGAGAUGGUUCAACUGGUCGGCCAGUGACCCCUCUGCUCUGG